AUGAAAGAAUAGGAAUAUGUGAAUUUGAUGAUAAAUGUUAAAUUUAAAAUUGUAAGAAUUUGCAUACCUCUGAUUAAGGGUACUUUUAUAAGGUUUAGUUGGAAAAAGCAAAACAUUAAAUUGUAUUAUGAUUUCAAUAUUAAGAAAUGUAAUAAAAAUUGUUAAAACUUUAAUUUGUGUUUAGAUGUUCAUGAAAAUGAAAGGUUGUUCAUCUAAUGUUAAAAGAAUUGUAAUGAUUCAGAUUGUAUUUUUACACAUGAAACAAAUAUUCUAUAGAAUGAAGAAAACCUAUAAAAAGCUGACAAAUAUAAAGAAUAGGGAAAUGAAUUGUAUAAAAGAGGAGAAUACUAAAAAGCAAUAGAAGUUUUUGAUAAGGCAAUUGUAAUUCAAAUAAUUAUGAUAUUAAGAAUUACAAUAAUUAAAUGUCUGUCCUUUAUUCAAAUAAAGCAUUAUGCUAUAAGAAAUUAAAACUUUGGAAAGAAGUCAAAGAAUUAUCUAUUUAAGCUUUAUAAUUAGAUCAAUAUAAUUUUAGAGCAAAAUAUUUAGAAGCCAUUUCCAUAGUAGAACUAUAAAAAUAAAAGCCAAGUGCAUCGAUAUUAUAAAUCUUAAGAAAUUAAUUAGAAAUCCUUUAAUUCAGUAUAUAUUUUAUAGAAAUAUUUUAGUUGAAUAUUAAGCCAUAAAUAGAUAAGUGCAAUCAUUUAUAAAUUUGAGCAAUGAGAAAAAUAAAAUUGAAAUUUUUAUUGAAUUAUUAAAGAAGUCAGAAGAUGAAUUAAAUUUAGUAAAAUAUAUUGAAAAUUCAUAAUUACCUGAGUAAUAAAAAUAGUAUAUUGUUAAAUUUCUUUGGUCUAAGAUUGUAAAAUAGUAAACUUACUUAUAAUAAAAUGAACAUGAGGAUGAUAUUCCUGAUUAUUUAACUUGUCCAAUUACAUUUGAAAGCUUUAGUGAUCCAAUAUUAACUGAUAGUGGAUAAACUUAUGAAAGAUUAGCUAUUGAGAAUCAUACAAAAAAAAAUGGUUAUUUUGAUCCUUGUACUAGAAAGGGAUUGAAACCUUAUUAUAUAACUAAUUUAUAAAUACUAUGGGCUGUUCAAGAUUUAAAAAAAAAGAAAUAAAUUCAUUAAUAAACUAAAGAAUCCAUUUAAUUUGAAUGA